AUUCAAGGAUUGGUGGUUAAGAUUUAUUUAUUUGUUUUGAUGAGAUUUCAGUAAUAUUUAUCACAAUGCAAUUUUUUCAUAUAUCAGCCUUCAGGAAAUCCGAAAAUUAUGGAUAUUACGUUGGACUCUUUAGUAGGAAAUCAAAAUAUCACCCAAAUAGAUCUAAGGCCGAAACGACCUGUCUAUAUAUCACGUUAUGUGCAGACAAUGUAUCGUGAUUCAGAGGCGCAAACUGACCCAUAUUCUCCAUUGUAUGUUGUCAAUACAGGGAAAAACCUUGAGACACUGAAAUUAACUUCGUUGAGUUAUGGAUAUGGACUUCCAGUCGGAUUAUUUGAUGUUGAAAGAAUUGAACGUGCAAGACAAAGACGAGAAAUUGAAGCAAAUUUACCGCCGUAUAAAGAUAUUGCAAAUAAUCUGGUACAAAUUGCCAAACGACGUAAAAUUUUGGAAGGUUUAGAAAAUCGUGAAUGGUACUUCAGAGAAAGAGAGGUUGAAGCGUAAGUCAGUCAAUUUAUUAUUACUAAGCUUUUCCAGUCAUGUAAUUUAUGGACGAGGAAUUCACUUUAAAAAGCAAUUUUCGUUCCUGAUAAGUAGAAUCAAGGAAACAAUGAAACUAGAAAUUUGUAAAAGUUUGUUAUACCGUUGUCCUGUACUCAUCAAGAGCCCUAAGACGUAGGUGUGGUUUAAAUCUCAGUUUAUCCAACGUGGUGCUUGAGUCUGAUUAGUUUUUACUUUCUUCAAAUUGAUUGAAGCUGAAACUCUGGUCACAUAUUUAGUACUUGGUACGGGGCAUAAAGGUCUUGGCUUGAGUUGCCGUUAAGGCUGUAGAUAUUCAUUAUUGAACGCUCCCAAACUAGUAAAGAUGCCACAGAUAUUCAGAGUUUGACAACGCCUUUACACAUGACACCGUCCCAAUUGAAGUAUGCCAAUCCAGUCAAAUUAGAAAUCAGAAAUCAAGGUCAGCCAGUCAGUCAAUAACGCCAUAGAACUCCGUACGUACAUACGUCAAUUUAAGUUGCCAUACCACAUUAGCACAGAGGUACAAUUGUCUAUUCAAAUCACAUGGUGGUAGAGGUGGUAAAAGUAUAAGCAGUAAUCGGAUAGAUUAGGGUUUGAAAAUGUUGUUCAAUGAGUAUAACCCAGUGAAAAAAUUGGAAAGAGAAAAAGGAAGGGAGAUGAAAAAUUCAGACAAUUAGAAUUUGCGAGAACAUAAAAGUGGAUGCACCUGCAACUUUGCAAACGAUUUUGAGUCAUUUCAUUCAAGGUCUCUGACCGUUGGUUGCUAUCAUCUCGCGGAUCCCAACCAGGUAGUCUACACCUACAGACACUGCUCAGUCCACUUGCCAAUGACCUCAUGGAUUUGUACCAUGUUUCGGUCUGGCCACCCCUAGCUUUCUUCCAACCUACUCGUACACCAUAAAACAUCGCUCGUUCGGGCAGUCGGUGGUUGUGUAUACGUAACACAUGUCUCAGCCAUCUCAACUGAUGAAGUUUCACUACUUCAAUUGAUUUGCCGUCCCUACCUAGCAUCCGUUUCCUAACAACUACAUUACUUACUUGGUGGUCCCAGGAUAUAUGAGCAAUGCUUUGAAGACAUCCACGAUCGAAUACUAGUGACCUACCAAUAUCCUCUACUCUUACCGGCCAUGUUUCACUGCCAUAAAGUAGGCCGGAACGAACUGCUGAGCAGUAAACCCGUCCUUUGGUUGAUAGACGGAUAUCUCGCCUACGCAAUAAAUGACGCAAGUUGGAGAAAGCCAGUCAAGCCUUCUGUAUCCGUGCUGACGUUUCGUCACACACUAGACCACAAGGGCUGACGAGACUCCGAAGAUAAGUGAAGCGGUCGAUACACUCAACUCCAUCACUCCCCAUCAUUAGUUCAGGUGCCGAUGCAACUCAACCCUGAAGUGACAUGUUGCAUUUCGAGGGGAGAAUCGCCUUCAGAACAUGCUUGCAUUGUUGCUUACGGUGGUCAGAAGACUGCAUUUUGUCAGCGUCUUCACCAAAUAGAACUCUCAUUGGCAUACUCUAAGUCAACAAGUGAACCGCCCGGUAAAAGUUUAUCUCCUGGAAAUUUAGAUGAAGAAAGCAUUAUCUCUAAAAGCACGUCAACAACAAAGUUAAGCAAAAAUGGAGAGAGUUGACAGCCCUGAAGAACAUUCGAGGUAAUCAAUUCUGAUGACAGUUCGCCAUAAGCUCUGACUCGACCAGUUGUGUAGGGAGAGAGAGCCUGUAUAAGGUUAAUGUAUUUCCUUGGUACUCCUUUCAUUGACAAACACUGCCAUAUAUCCUCACUAUCAACAGAGUCAAAUGCCGCCUUAAGGUCGAAAAGUACUAUUAUUGUGGGACGUCUGAAUGUGUGUCUAUGUUCUAGGACCUGACGUAGUGUGAAUAUCUGGUUCACACAGCCACAUCCAGGUCGAAAACCAGUCUGGUUUUCUCUAGUUCUGCUCUUCAAGAGCUUUAGUUAGGCGUCGACACAUUAUUGAAGCUAAUGUUUUAGACAAUAUAUUAGUCAAACUGAUUCCUCUGUGAUUGUAACAAGAGGACUUUUGCCCUUUCUUAUAGACUGGCACAAUCAGUGGUUGAGACCAGUCAGAUGGGAUUACAUCCAGUUCCCGGAUUCUGCCUAAGACCUCAGUCAAUCUCGCUGCUAGUACUGGACUGCCAUCCUUAAAAAUCUCAAGAGUAAACCUGUCAGAACCUGUUGCUCUCCCACGCUUCAGAUUUCCUAUAGCUUUUUGGACCUUGUCAAGAGUUGGAGGACUUACAUCAACUGGUCAUUCAGGUCGACUGGAGAUCGUGGGAAACCGAAGUGUGGUUGAAGGCCAGUUGAACUGAUCCCUAAAGUGUUCUGCCCAUCCAUCCAAUCUCCUAAAUUGAGAAUGAACAAUAUGUCCUUCUUUUUCUGAAAUAGUUUCGCUAACAGUCGGUUUCCUAAUAUCGGUUUCCUUAACAAGUCUGAACAAUUGUCUGCUAUUACCUAUUGCCUCUGCCUUUUCCGUCUCUCUUGCUUUCGCUACCCACCACUGUUCACGAUCAUUGCGUAGGCUCCUUAUCAGCCUGCGCUUAAGCUGACUCCGCUCUUUGUCAUGUUUAGAGCCAGAUGGGAUGAGUUUUCGAGCAUCUAUCACUGCGGUGGAUGCUGCUCAGACCCAGUAUUUUCCCUAACCUUAUGGUUUACUGUCCUAGCAGAUAUCACUGCUGUUUCCACAGCUUUUCGGAUAUCAUUCCACGCUGCCUCGGGGUGGAUAUCACUUACAUGGCUGCCUAACCGUGUUUUCUAGUUGUUCCUGAAAUAUAUUCUUAGCUUAGCUAUCAUUGAGUAGAACCCUAAGAGGUUUCUUUGAAUCGUCUUACCUACGUCCAGUGAGACGCAGACAAAUACGCGCUCGCACUAGAGCAUCAUGUGAAUCCAAGCAUGUGCUCCACAACAAGCGUCAGUCUUCUAUUGAGCCUCUCCAUCGAUGGCUGACAGCAAUGUGAUCUGUUUGGGUCCAACGUUGGGACGAAUUCGGGGGUCGCCAUGUCAAAAUAUGUUUUUCCUUAUGCUUAAAGUUAGUAUUUGCAAGGAACAGGCGGUUAUCUGAUCAUAGCUGCAUUAGACGAUCGCGAUUAUCUGUUCUUUGAGCCACGACACCAUAAGAUCCACUCAGCUGUCCUUGAUUUUCGAUUAAUUUAUCUAAGUGUACAUGGAAGUCACCAACCACCAUUACUACAUCAGGGCACCUAACGUUUUGAAGGUCAGAAAACUUUCUGUAAAACUCAUCUCUCACCUCAUUUGAGCUGGAGUCAGUGGGAGAGUAGACAGAGAGGACGGAGAGGCAACAACGAGCGUCCUUAUCUUUCCGAGUCCUUAGUGUUCCGUUUAGUUGGACAGCACGCAAGCAACUGUCCACUGGGAUCCAGUCUAAGAGCGUUAGUUCUGCCCUAGGACAUAAUGCUUUGAUCCCCCUGGUUUGUACGGGCUUGUGACGGCAGAAACUCCAGAAGGUUGUAGUCCACUACUUUUAACAAGAGAAUGCGAUUGGUGUGAUGGAAACAAUUAUUAUUAUAACAAAUUGUACCAGUGAUUGUUUUACUGUACUUGUUUGUUUAACCGUACUAAAGACAUUCUUCCUUCUGUUGAUCGUGAUCUUGCACGAAUUCGGUUACACUCAGUAACCACACUUGUCACUUGGCACAAUCUCGGUAUUCUUUAGAUACCACGAGAUCGCCAAAAAAUACAUCUCGACUACAGCCGUCAAUCGGUUUCUGAUAUUUGGCCUACGAGAGAUCUUAUCGAUUAACUGGCGCGUAGUCUCCCUGUAGUGGUGAUCAUAGUCAACGCGAUUCGACACCACACUACAAGGUUUACAGGUGAAGAUGCAACAGGUUCAUGGAAUUUGACAAUGCUAUAACCAGUAACACCUUGAAAUAUGAAUCGUACUCACCAUGUGAAAUCAAAAGACGGAAGCGAGGAGGUUCAAAGAUAUAUUUGAUCGGCUAUCAAUAUAUCGUGGAUCGACUGAUCUAAUCUGGCUAGCUAUUGCAGGGGAUUUCGAUUACGGUGCGGAUGCAUGAACGAGCAACUUCAGCUAGGUGAGUCUAUUAAAAUUAAUGUGGUGAGCAUCCAAUGUCGAAGACUUACAGAUCUAUUUAUUUUGGGGAAUUAUUUACCGCUACACAGGGUACUCUGCGAUAAUUAAAUAUCUAGGACAUGUUAUUCUAUAGAAGUAAUGAUUUCAUCAUGGCGUAGUG